GUAACCUCUGACAAGGGAGAGGGAUUCCUGAAAGUUGAGGACUUGGCUAGGUUAAGGAAAACUGUACUCCUGGCGGGUAGCCCUGCCUUGCAGCUGGGCACCUCAGAGGAGAGCGUGAAGGAUGUGCCUUUACGUUUGUCUCUGAAGGGGAAGGGGGAGCUGUCCCAGACUGCCACCAAAGCCAGUCAUCUUGCAGAACUUGAUUUUUACGGGAUAAUAGAAACUAGUGUCUUCCUAUAUUCCUUUAUUCUUGAACAAGUAAUCACUGGGGAAUUUGUCUUCCCGGGGCCAGCCCUGAAAUAGAGAAUCCAAAUAAAUGCUGGGCAGUGGGCUAGUGAGGUGCCGCGUGUAGGCUCUGUCGUCUGGUGCAGGCGGCGGGUCCUCGCGACUGUGCCUCUGCGGUGGGGCCCCGGUCAUUUCUGAAGGUCGGGCCAUGGGAGCUCAGGGCCAGCGGGGCUGCUGCGCAUCUGCGGCCCCGCCACGAGGUCUGCUCUCCCUGGCCACGGGUUAUUUCUCACUUUGCUCAGAACAUCGCAAAUCUUGGAUCAGGACUUAGGAAAAAAAUUACUUUUACUGUCCACAUUUAAGUACCCUCACGAGGAGUAAGAAUGAAUGCAAACAUGUCAGAAUUAAGCGAGUCUGCAACCAAGCUUCUCUGCUCAGCAUCCCCGGGAUUCUUUAGGAUUAGCUAUUUGUGGGUAUUUCGAAACUUUCCUGUACCCUCUCAUCCCUUCUUGAUCCCUCCAGGGACCGAAAGCUGCUGGCUGACUGACAGAGCCCUCAGAUCCUCGUGUGAGACACAAUGUCAACCGCAGGAGUCGCUGCCCAGGAGAUUCGAACCCCGUUGAAAACUGGGCUUCUGCACAAUGGCCAGGCCAUGGGGAACCUGAACACGUGCUGGGGCAGUCGCCGGGAGUUUGAAAAUAACUUUUUAAACCUUGACCCAGUAACCAUGGCCUACAAUCUGAAGUCGACCGCUCAGGCGCACCUGAUGUCUCUUGGGCGCACCUCGACAUCUGCUCCGACGAAUGGCCACCGCUUUGCCGAGCAUGGCCCUUCUAAGAAGCCCAGCCUGCCCCCUCUCAUCCUUCCCCCAAGUGAAAGCUUGGGACCCCACAGUGAGGAUCAGGUUGUAUGUGGUCUUAAGAAACUCUCGGUGAAUGGGGUGUGCGCCCCCACCCCUCCGCUCACACCCAUGAAGAAUGGCCCGUCCCCCCUCCCCUGCGCUGCGCUCUGCGAGCGGGGCUCCAGGCCCCUUCCCCCGCUGCCCAUCUCUCUGGACGACACGGACUGUGAGGUGGAGUUCCUCACCUGCUCCGACACGGACUUCCUUUUGGAAGACCACGCAACUCCUGAGUUCAAGUACGGCGGGCCCGGCCGGCGGAGCUUCCGCGGGUGCGGGCAGAUCAACUACGCCUACUUUGAAACGCCCACGGUUUCCGUGGUGGACCUCAGCCAGGCCCCGGAGCAGAGCGCAGGCGGGCGGCACGCAGACCCUCCUCCGCCGCAGAGCCACCGAAGGCUGCGGCGGUCUCAUUCGGGCCCAGCCGGGUCCUUCCACAAGCCAGCCAUAAAGAUACACAGCUACGUGCACAGAGCUUCUCCAAACUCCGAUGAAGACAAACCCGAGGUCCCCCCCAGGGUCCCCAUUCCUCCCAGGCCCUUGAAGCCAGAUUACAGAAGGUGGUCGGCGGAGGUUACCUCCAGCACCUACAGCGAUGAAGACAGGCCUCCCAAAGUGCCACCAAGAGAACCUUUGUCACGGAGUAACUCCCGCACGCCGAGUCCGAAAAGCCUUCCGUCUUACCUCAACGGGGUCAUGCCCCCCACGCAGAGCUUUGCCCCCGACCCCAAGUAUGUCAGCAGCAAAGCUCUGCAAAGGCAGAACAGCGAGGGGUCUGCCAGUAGGGUUCCCUGCAUCCUGCCCAUCAUUGAAAAUGGGAAGCAGGUCAGUUCCACACACUAUUACCUCCUACCUGAGAGGCCGCCCUACCUGGACAGGUACGAAAAGUUUUUCACGGAAGCCGAAGAAGCAGACACAGGCUCACAAGUGCAGCCGUCACCUGCCGACGGCAGUGUCAUCGCAGCCGCGGAAAAGCUGGACUCAAAAGCCAAAGUGGAUCCGGGUGGCCCCGUGAAGCGUAAACACUUGUCCUACGUGGUUUCUCCGUAGACUCCGGGGUCACCGUUCGGCCGAGGUUCCACGAGAGCAAAUGGCUCUCGAGCAAUUUCCCAGUUUGACUAAGGCUCACGGGAAAAUGUUUCAGGUGCAGAAAAACUGUUGAACUCUGUAAAGAGAGAGGUUGAGAGGUGCUGUUAUGCUGAGGAUCCCGGGUUUCGCUCGCCUUGGAGAAAAUUCUGUCCAAAUCUGUGAAGACGUGAGGGCGGGGAGGGGGGCAGUCGGGGAAGCCUUCACACACGCAUCCGUCCUAUGCCUAUAUAUAAACUCGGGGUGGCCCGAGUGGCAGGUUAACCGUUAGCUCCUGUCGUAGAGUGGUAUGUAUUCAGAAUGACAGAAACUCACGCUGGACAGUGACUCCUGAGAGACUGAAAAUUGGGCAAACGGGAGAGAACACAGUAUUUAGAUCAGAAUCAUAAAAAAUUAUUUUUGCUUAGUAAGUUUGAAGAUUUCUGGCUCUUUGGUCUGUUAUAUUUUGUUUGAUUUAUUUUGCAGCCUUUUCCAUGGGAACGGGGCGGGGGGGGAAUGUCCUUACUGUGGCUGUACCUGCCUAGUUUAAAAACCAUCCCAAGACCUAAAGACUUCCAGGCGUCACUCCCUGUUUCGCUGAGGGGAGGGCUAGCAGUUUAUUCAGCAACCACAUUUCCACCUGUACAUGUCUCACAUCUUGAAAAAUGAGAAGAUGAUAGAGCAUUUUCCUUACAAUUCCGGCUUUGUUCCACCCACUAAAACGGCCCACUGUCGCACAUGCCUUACAGAAACAGUGGGGCGCAGUGGACUCAGCAAACUGUUCACCCGUGUCUAGAAUGUCACUUUCAAACAAUAAUGAAACACUUAGCUAUGUGAUUGAGAGUUACUGUGUGGGGAUGUGUGUUUUGGGGGGUUUUUUUAGACUUAAUAAACAAAUACAACACAAGCUGGCCUUGUGUUGCUGGUUCCUACUCAGUAUUUCCUUUUUAAGUAAAACACUCUGACCAAGAGCGCACUACGUCUUAAUAUCAGAGGUCACAUCAGCACCGUCUGCUUUUUAAAUCCCUCAGCUGGCUGCUUCCCCCUUUCCGCCGCCCCCCGCUCGCUCCCCGCGCCCGCUUCUGCGUAUUUAUCUCGCAGCCCGUCCGCUGGGCUCCGCCAGCCUGCGCCCCCGGCCCGCGCCGCUCCUGCUCACACCGCCACAGCUUCGCGUAUUUAUGGCGCACGGCUGGGCACAGAAGAGAAGGUGCUUCCUAACAGGUGCAUUACUGCAGUGCUCGCAACAGUUCACACAAGCUGUUUACAGUUCCAACUGCUGGAUGAUCAUCUGAGCUAUUUAAAGCUGAUACUUUAGUCUGAACUAAAUGAAGGUUAAAACAUGCUUUAGAAAAAUGCACUGAUUUCUGCAUUAUGUGUACAGUAUUGGACAAAGGAUUUUAUUCAUUUUUGUUGCAUUAUUUUGAAUAUUGUCUUUUCAUUUUAAUAAAGUUAUAAUACUUAUUUAUGAUACUGUUAA